AUGGAUGAGAAAUUCACUUUGCAAGACUUCACCAGAUUAAUGAUAAACCUGACAGUUACAGGACAGGUAGCCGGCGCCUGGGCACCUUUCCGAGUCUGGAAGGGCCUGCCGGCGGCUCGUCCGCCUGGGGCCCCCGGGGGGUGGAGGCUUGGUUCCGGGAGGGGCGCCGGCAGGAGCCAUGGACCCAGGCGCGGGGGCCGCGGCCGGAGAGGACGCUCCCUGCGCCGCCUGUUCGGCCGCUUCCUGCUGGCGCUGGGCAGUCGCUCCCGCCCCGGGGACUCGCCGCCCCGGCCCCGACCCCAGCCCCAAUCAGGGCACGGCGAUGGCGACGGGGAGGGGGGCUUUGAGGGCCCGGAUCCAGCCGCUUCCUGCUGGCGCUGGGCAGUCGCUCCCGGCCCGGAUCCAGCCGCGCCCGGAAGCCCCGGGGAGGAGCGCCGGCCCGGACUCCCCGCCGGCGACGGGGCGCGGCCCCCGGGAGCGCAGGGCUUGAAGAACCACGGCAACACCUGUUUCAUGAACGCCGUGGUGCAGUGUCUGAGCAACACCGACCUGCUGGCCGAGUUCCUGGCGCUGGGGCGCUACCGGGCGGUGCCCGGCCGCGCCGAGGUCACCGAGCAGCUGGCGGCGCUGGUGCGCGCGCUCUGGACGCGCGAAUACACGCCCCAACUUUCCGCCGAGUUCAAGAAUGCAGUCUCCAAGUACGGCACUCAGUUCCAAGGCAAUGCCCAGCACGAUGCCCUGGAGUUCCUGCUCUGGUUGUUGGAUCGCGUACACGAGGACCUGGAGGGUUCCUCCCGAGGGCCGGAGUCUGACAAGCUUCAACCUGAAGUCAGGAGGACCUCUGAGAACCUUCUGUCGCCAUCGGCUCAGCUUUCUGUGGGCCAAAGCUUUGUGCAAAGCCACUUCCAAGCACAGUACAGAUCUUCCUUAACCUGUCCCCACUGCCUGAAACAGAGCAACACCUUCGACCCUUUCCUGUGCGUGUCCCUGCCCAUCCCUCUGCGCCAGACAAGAUUCUUGAGCGUCACCUUGGUCUUCCCCUCUAAGAGCCAGCGGUUCCUGCGGGUGGGCCUGGCCGUGCCGAUCCUGAGCACAGUGGCAGCCCUGAGGAAGAUGGUUGCAGAGGAAGGUGGCAUCUCUCCAGAGGAGGUGAUCUUGGUUGAACUGUAUCCCAGUGGACUCCAGCGGUCUUUCUUUGAUGAAGAGGACCUGAAUACUAUUGCAGAAGGAGAUAAUGUCUAUGCCUUCCAAGCUCCCCCAUCACCUGGGCAGGAGAUGCUCUCAGCUCGUCCAUCUGGUCUGCUGGUCUCCCCGCGCUUGGCAGCCCGUGAGGGUCAGCGAUUAUCCCUGCCUGUCCACAAUGAGACCACGGUGCUAAUCCUCUUCUGUAAUUUGGUGGGCUCGGGGCAGCAGGCCAGCAGGUUUGGGCCUCCUUUCUUGGUAAGAGAAGACAGAGCCAUUUCAUGGAUCCAGCUCCAGCAGUGCAUUCUCAGCAAAGUCCGAUACCUCAUGAAGAGCGAGGUCCCCAUACAGAACCUGGGGUCACUAUUCUCCAUCCGGGUCGUGGGACUCUCCCUGGCCUGCAGCUACUUGUCCCCACAGGACAGUCGGCCCCUCUGUCACUGGGCAGUUGACAGGGCUCUGCAUCUUAGGAGGCCAGGAGGCCCCCCGCACAUCAAACUGGCCGUGGAGUGGGACGUUGACACCAAGGAGCGGUGAGUCCAGCAGAGCCCAGGUCAAGCAGAGGAGACAAAGCCUGUUCGUGCAUAAUGGACCUUCCUGUGCCAGCUCCCCUGAUGCCACCAUGGGGUGUAUGAAGCUUCCCGGAUGCACUGUGACCCAUUCUUCCAAGAAGCCCCAGUGGCAAUUGUCUGUCUAUAAACAACAGCAGUAGGACUAGUAUAAUGAUGUCGGUGGGUGAUGGACGUGGUGGUCAUGGUCACAGUUGUAAAUGGUGAGGUGACACUUGGCCAGUCACUGCUCUGAGCACUUUUCAUCAGUGUAGGAUAUUUCAUGCAUCACUUUCUGUAAGGUAGGGCCGACUCGAAUCCGCCUUGUCAGAUGAGGGAACCAAGGCGCAGAGAGGUUAAACGGUUGCUCCCCGUGCCUGGCAGAGGUGAACUUUG